GGGGAAAAACGCGUCCGGGCCCAUAGACGAGAAUACAAAAUGAUCACUGAAGCAGAACUAGAUUCUAAAGGAAGACGCAACUUUCAUGUCUACGGUUCCGAAUUCCAACAGUUGACUGCGAUUGUUAGCAUGGUGAAUACAUUCGCCAGGUGAACGUGUGGUCGCGGAUCGCGGAGUAAACAAGCUGCGUUUCCAAUCACUUGUUUGGCUUCUCGCAUUGACCGGAGGUCAUGCAAAGUUUCGUCCGCCUAUAGAUCUUUCUAUUUACGAUCGAACGAUCAUACCCACGUUGAGGAAUAUAGUUUCUUGACGAGAUUCGCUAGAUACUUCGAUCACAGUGUACUGAUUAUAAGCGGAAUCUCUCAAUAAGGAGGAAUACUGACCAUACAGUCAUACAGGCUCCCACACCAGAGGCGCGGAACUACGGGAGCUUUUUCCAGUCAGUUUCAAGAUGACGAAUCAUCUCUGCUGUUCCAUGAGCAAACUUCUGUCAGCAAGGUGCCUCUGCCGUACCGCUCUUGUAGUGUUAUUUUCGGUUACGUUUGCUAGUGUUGGUUUAUGGAUGCAUUCCAAGACCCUACUUGAUGUGACUCGCGGGGUGCCGCCAGAAAGUUUAAAUGAAACAUCGUUCUUAAGACAUGAGGCCGAGUUCGAGAAGCAAGACCACCUGUUGACUGUCAAACCGUCAUCACGUGCAUCUUCCUUUGCUGACGAAGUCCGAGCUCUGGCCAAGGCCUUACCAGAGCGGAAGAUUGUCCUGACCACAACCAAUUCGGGAUUCCUAGAUUUCACCCAGAACAUGCUGUUGAGCAUCCAGCGAGUCGGGAUCCAUCCGGAAGUGGUUGUGAUUUGCGAGGAUACGACAACUUACAAGACCCUGCGGCUCAAUGAUUCUUACGGAGUCCACGUUUUGAAACCCCCCAAUGCCAUUCCUGAGGCGGGAGAAGCGCUCAGCUUUGGCGUACAUGACUACGUCACAUUUAUCAACAACAGGCCCAAGUAUACACAUGAGUUCAUCAAGCAAGGCUUCGAGGUCUUUUUCAUCGAUUCAGACACUUUCUGGUUCAACGACCCGUUUCCGUAUUUCAAAGGGGACCAGUACGACGUUGCCUUCAUGAGGGAUUACCGCAGAGUUUUCAAUGCUGGGGUAGGGUUCUACCGACCCACCAACCGCACCGAGUACUUCUUGCGAUUCUGGAUCUGGAUCCUGGAGACCCAGCCCAAGCACAGACAAGACCAGCACGUCUUGAACUACCUCCUCUCCUCCAAGCUUAACGCCGGCAUCAAGGUCAGAUCUCUGAGCUUCCAAGUUUUCCCGACUGGCAAGAUUUUAUACGACUGGGAUCAUGAAGUAUGCAGAAACGUCACCAAGAAAACGACAUUCUUUCACGCUGCAUUUAUACCCAACCAUGACAACAAAAAGAAAGUCUUUGACAUCUGUAAGAUAUGGCUACUGAAUUGAAUCACACCCCCCAAAAGGGGGGUCUAACAAAAUACGGGUGACACAAAUUAAAUCGCACACGACAAGUGAUCAUACACUAUUGAAUUCGGUAUUCCUAUUGUUUUAAAUUAACACUAAUAAAAAGAUAGGAAAGAAUUCCAUAACUUGACACCCUUGCACGAACCCUAUGAGACUGGUCUGAAAAAUACUUUUAGGACAUGUUAUCGCUUUCUGAUGGGUGAUAGGUCACUGCAGGGGAAACUUAGUGAUGUCCAUGUAUGGAAUUCUUUCCAAAAGUUGUAUUUUUUCCUUUAGUUUGUAUGGAAUCUAACGCUCCAAUAAAAAAAAGAGGUAUUAGGUCUAGAGUACUAAAUAUAUCCCUAUGUUCCUUUCUGUUUCAAGCAAAAACACGGAAAACAAAAACGGAAAAGUGUGUUUUCCUUUACAUACUUUUUGAAAUUUAUGUACAUUAAUGUUAUGCAUAAUUUAUCCAAAUUAUGUGGAUGAAGGUUAUAAGUUACACUGAGUAUAAACUUUACUUUACAUGUUUAUAUUACAG